CAGACAGACAUCCAGACUGAAGAAUCAAGAUGACAGCAGCACCUUACAACUACUCCUACAUCUUUAAAUAUAUCAUCAUAGGUGAUAUGGGAGUAGGGAAGUCUUGUCUGCUGCACCAGUUCACAGAGAAGAAAUUCAUGGCCGACUGUCCUCACACCAUCGGGGUGGAGUUCGGUACGAGGAUCAUGGAGGUCCACGGUCAGAAGGUGAAGCUGCAGAUCUGGGACACGGCCGGUCAGGAACGAUUCAGGGCCGUCACCCGGUCCUACUACAGGGGGGCCGCCGGGGCCCUCAUGGUCUAUGACAUCACCAGGAGAAGUACUUACAACCACCUGAGCAGCUGGUUGACGGACGCCAGAAACCUGACCAAUCCAAACACAGUGAUCAUCCUGAUCGGUAACAAGGCCGACCUGGAGGCUCAGAGAGACGUGACGUACGAGGAGGCCAAACAGUUUGCUGAGGAGAACGGUUUACUGUUUCUAGAGGCCAGCGCUAAAACAGGGGAGAAUGUGGAGGAGGCCUUCCUUGAGGCAGCAAAGAGGAUUUACCAGAACAUCCAGGACGGCAGUCUGGACCUGAACGCUGCCGAGUCAGGAGUCCAGCACAAGCCAUCGGCGCCGCAGGGAGGCCGCCUCAACGCCGACAGCCAGCCGGCCAAAGAAGGCUGCAGCUGCUAACCACAGACAGAAACUACAGACCCGACAGACAGACGGACGGACAGAGACACAGACAGAUUCACAGAGAACCCCUCUCCGCCUGGCACUAAUAUGCUUCUUCUAUCCAGAGUGUGUCCAACAGGAUUUAGCAGGAUUACAUCGAUUUAAUGCAGUGAUCCAGUCCAACCACCUGUGGUCAAAUCCAGACCUCAGACACCCACAGACCCAUCUAGAAACCUUCAACUAUCCAAACAUCUGUGGUCUCAUUCCAGCUCACUCACUAGUCCACUAUACAGACCGCCAUCAGCCUAUAUCC